GGCAGCCACGCGUCACACAUCACAGGCAAUACGGAGCCUCGACGGAGCUGGGCGUGUUGGUUUAAAUAACCGCUAAAGACGACGAGCACGAACUGUGUGUUUUGUGGCAUUUCGAGAUCGUUCGUUACGGCAGUGAUGGUGAUUUUAGCCGCGGUUAUAGCGCCGCUCGGUCGGCAGCUCCAGCGCCGCCUCGCCGGACGGAUCCUAUGGCACCAGCAGCACCAGCUGCAGCAGCAGCUCGCUCGGAGAUGCAGCCUGACCGCCUGCUCCAGCAGAUACGCCCUCUCACAGCUGCACCCGAUGUGGCAGGAGCCUCUGGCCGUCCCGGGCGGAGAUCGCCAGUCUCCCAUAGACAUCUCCGUGCGGAAAAGCUUGUUUGACCCGCAGCUCAAGCCGCUCGUCGUGAAGUACGACCCCAGGACCUGCCAACAGAUCUGGAACAACGGCUACUCGUUCCUCGUAGAGUAUGAUGACACCACGGACAAAUCCACGCUGCAUGGUGGUCCGCUGGACGAUCAGUUCAGACUGUGCCAGUUCCAUUUCCACUGGGGGGAGAAUAACGCCUGGGGGUCUGAACACACGGUGGACCAUCUCCUCUACCCCGCUGAGCUCCACUUGGUGCACUGGAACUCUGACAAGUACAGCCUGUUUGAGGAGGCAGUAAUGGAGGACAAUGGCCUGGCUGUUAUUGGAGUCUUCUUGAAGGUUGGAAAAAGACAUGAGGGUCUGCAGAAGUUAGUGGACGCUUUACCUGCCGUCAGACACAAGGACAGUGUGGUGGAGUUCACCCGGUUCGACCCCGCUUGCCUCCUGCCAGAGAGCAGGGAUAACUACUGGACAUAUUCAGGCUCUCUGACCACGCCCCCUCUGACCGAGGCCGUCACGUGGAUCAUCAUGAAGCAGCCCAUUGAAGUCAGUCAUGAUCAGCUGGCAGUGUUCCGCAGUUUGCUGUUCACCUCAGCAGAAGAGGAGGUUCAGAAGAGCAUGGUGAACAACUUCAGAGUCCAGCAGCCGCUGAAGGGCCGCACAGUCCGCUCCUCAUUCAUCCCCUUCCUCCAGAACGCCCCACCGGACGGGCCAAAGUGACCACCCCCCCAUUCCUGGGCUUCAGCAUUACCUGCUGAAGUAGGAUGAUGUCAUCUCGGUCUUAGCCUUGCUUAUCAAAGGCCUUGUAGAUUAUUUCAGAAAACCUGAACUGUUCAGACUAAACCGCCUCUUCAGACCUGAUAUUGCUGUUUAGGUCUGGAGUAAAGGGAACAUAAAGGUCGAGGUUAGUUAGUCAUACGCUUUAUAUUGCCCUCUGCGGUUAGUUGCUGACCUCGUUUGUGAAAUUGCAUUUUUUCUAAAUCCAUUUCUGAGGUCCGUUCUCAAUGUUGUAUGUCUUCUAGGAAACAUUGGAUAAUGUACAACUUUUUUUAGUUGGAGCUGCUUGCAGGAGAUCUGAGUCUGGCUGUUGCAGACUUGGAGAAAGGCUCCCUCUUGUGGUCAAAUGGGGAAUAUGCUCAUUCCCCACAUUGACCGACACUGUAACUAAUGUUUACUGUCCUGCACAAUUCAUUUUGAACGUUAGACAGCGCAGUUACUGUAACAGCUUGCUUUCAAGACCAAUUCGGUUCCAUAGAACUGCAGUUACAUCAGAAACGCUUAAGCACACAACUGAACUCGAUAAUAGAAGUU